CAUUUACUCCUUUUCUCUCUAAGCGGCAGCACCGAAAAUCGUAACCCUGGCGGACUCAAUGGCACAGUGUGUACCGGUGGCGGUAUUUAAGUUGGUGUUAGUAGGCGAUGGAGGCACAGGCAAAACAACGUUUGUGAAGCGGCACAUAACGGGAGAGUUUGAAAAGAAAUAUGUUGCCACUCUGGGAGUAGAGGUCCACCCACUGAUGUUCCACACCAACAGAGGAGCCAUCAAGUACAAUGUGUGGGACACAGCUGGUCAGGAGAAGUUUGGAGGCCUGAGAGACGGCUACUACAUUCAAGCUCAGUGUGCUAUCAUCAUGUUUGACGUCACCUCUCGAGUCACCUACAAGAACGUGCCCAACUGGCAUCGUGACCUGGUCCGUGUCUGUGAGAACAUUCCCAUCGUCCUUUGUGGCAACAAGGUGGACAUCAAAGACAGGAAAGUAAAAGCCAAAAGCAUCGUGUUUCACCGCAAGAAGAACCUGCAGUACUAUGACAUUUCUGCUAAGAGUAACUACAACUUUGAGAAGCCCUUCCUGUGGCUAGCAAGGAAGUUGAUCGGAGACCCCAACCUGGAGUUUGUGGCCAUGCCUGCCCUUGCACCCCCAGAGGUCCAGAUGGACCCAAGCCUUGCUGCAAAGUAUGAGGAGGAGCUCCAAGUUGCAUCACAAACAGCACUCCCAGAUGAAGAAGAUGACCUCUAACCUGUUUACCCUCUGCCCCACCCCCAUCCCACCCCGCUGUGGACAGAAAAGUUUUUGGAGUUUUGCCCCCUUUACUGUAAAAUCCCUUUUCAGAUUUUUUAUUUUUGAAUUUUUUUUGUUUGUUUUAAAACUAAGUAAAAACUAAAAAAACUUGGUUUAAAAGUUGUUCUAAUUUCACUGUAUAAGACACACCCACCCUAGUGUUGUUGUUGGCAUGGCGACGUGCUACUCUUCAUCUUCAAGCACCCUCCACUGCACGUGCCCAGCUCACAUAAUGCUGUUGUACGGUGUACUGGAAGCACUAAGGGAGUAAACUUUGAAUAAAAACAUUCUCAAUAUUA